UUUUUCGGUUUCAAGCUUCAACUAAUAUUUAGUUUUCAUCUUUCAUAAAUUGAUGAAUUCUUCAAAAUUUGUCAUUUUCAAAUCCUAUUCAUAAUCUAAUUCGAAGUAACCUCGAUAAUUAUGAACACACAGAACACGAACAGUGAUAGUUCUAAAGAUCCAUUCCCACUUCCCAUUAUUAUUAUUAUUAUGUCAUUCACAUAUGGCGGUUUAAUCAAAUGAGAAAUACUUGACGUGUCUUUAAAUUUUUAGAUCAUGAAACCCUCGAUAACAUCAGUAAUUUCUGCCCUUUUCCUCUUAUUUAUAUCUCAUUCUGUAUGGAACCUGUUGAGUAUAUUUCAGGUACCUUCAUGUGAUCAGUCUGAUAUUUGCUAUAAAUCUUAUCUAAAUUCAAACCCUAAUUUGGAUUUAUUUUUAUUCAUAUCCGAUAAUUCAAGAAGUGGGAUUUACACUCAAGUAUUGCAUGUUGAAAAAUUCAAUUACCAUGAUAAAUUUGAAAAAAAAAUAUCAAUUAGUUUGUCUGAUUCAGUAAGGAAGAAUGGAAGUAUAACUAUUCACUCUGUAUUAGUUCCUUCUAAAAAUAAGUUCAGAAAUAAGAAUCUCAAUAGCCUCUUGAGCUUACCAGAUUCCACUUAUGUUAAGAGUAAAUUAACGAAAUAUGCGGUGCCAGUAAGUUCUACCUUCAACUUAUUGAGUGAGGAAAAUGUGAUAAAAAAAUCUCUUAAACCUGUGACUCACAUCCGAUCCAAAUUUGCUCUCGUCAUGUGUCCUAUCGAAUUGAACAUUCCCCAAAACAACAUUCCUAUAGAACUAAUCAAACAAAUGAGAUUGAAAUCCAACAACCAGUUUUUACCAAUACUCCAAAGGGAUAUAAUGCAAAUGAGACUGCAGGACUUAGUUGAAGUUAAUCAUGAAAUGGAUAAACUUAAUAUUUCUUUCUUGUACACUCCUGUCUCAUAUGGAAAAUUGAGGUUUAUUCUUCAGAUUGAUUCUUCGUUAAAUCAAUUCUUGAAUUUGGGAUUUAGCGAAAAAGAUUUAGAUGAAGUGAAGAACAUUUUUGCGGAUACUAAUUUAUAUCUUCUGUGCAUCACUGUCUUUAUAGGAGGAGUUCAUUUGCUUUUCGACUUCCUUUCAUUCAGAAAUGAAGUGAGUUUUUGGAAGAAUCAGAGCAGUAUGGCUGGAUUAUCCUCAAGAACGGUUCUUUGGAGGGCAUUUUCACAAACUAUUAUAUUUCUAUACCUUCUGAAUGAGAAAACUUCUUUAUUAGUUCUAGUUCCUAGUGGUAUUGCCACAGUUAUUGAAUUUUGGAAAGUAUCGAAAGCACUCAAAACAACUAUAUCUUGGAGGUAUGGUUUUAAAUUUGACAGAAACUAUGUAGAAACUUCGGAGGAGAAGAAAACCAGGGAGUAUGAUGAGGAGUGCAUGAAGUACCUGAGCUAUUUAUUAUAUCCUUUAUGCAUAGGUGCGGCAGUUUAUUCGCUUAUCUAUCAACCUCAUAAAAGUUGGUACUCGUGGACACUCAAUAGUUUAGUGAAUGGUGUUUACGCCUUUGGGUUCCUCUUCAUGUUACCUCAGCUAUUUAUAAACUAUAGAUUGAAAUCUGUGGCCGCUCUUCCUUGGAGAGCUUUCACUUAUCGUGCAUUUAACACUUUCAUAGAUGAUAUAUUUGCCUUCAUCAUAACAAUGCCUACAGCACACAGAUUGGCUUGUUUCAGGGACGAUGUAGUAUUUUUAAUUUAUUUAUAUCAAAGAUGGUUAUAUCCAGUGGACAAGAGUAGAAAAGAUGAUAUGGCUCUGGGAGAAGCUGAAGAUGAUGAUUCUAAGAAGAAAACACAAUAAAAUUUUCCAUCCGAGUUACAUAAAAAAAUUUUGACAUAUGUUCGAGUUGAGUGUUGAACAUUGGAUUUGUUGUAUUAAAUAUAAUUUUUUUAUAUUGUUACUUAUUUUUGAAUCUUGUCUGGAGAAUCUAUAUUCAUUAACAUUCCAUAAAUCAAAUUUAUUUCGAAAAA